AUGAACAUCUUCAAAAAGUUCUUUGCGGCCAAUCGGGACCAUGAGGAGGUGAAAUAUGACCCCAUUGACAAAUCCGAAAACGGCAUGCCAACCCGAUCCAGCUCCCCAAGCUAUCCCUGGUCAGCGGGCUUCGCGAGACGUCAAAGUUCAAUAUUAUCACAUCCGGCCGUUGUUGUCUCCCAAGCAGUAAUCAUCAUACUACUCGCCAUAUACGCAUUUGUGGUUUCACGGAAAGGUCCAACCGACUUGGCGUGUGCGAGACAGUUGUCGCCGUAUUCACCCUACCUAGAAACCGACGACUUACGAUAUGUAGAGUUUACAGACCAGAACCACCUCAUGCAGCCCUCCCCUUACCGGGGCCACCCAACGCCGGAAGUAGAGGAGGCCUGGCUAAAGUUGUGGCGUAUGCCAACGAUCCACUUCCCCGAAUCCAAACUCCCCCUCCUCAACAAAACCCCUCCGAGCGCUUACGUCCACGUCUCCCCCAAGUACCUCCUUUCUUCUUCUUCUUCUUCUUCUUCUUCUUCCUCAGAUACCGGCGAAGUACUAGGCUUCCUAGACGUCUUCCACCAACUCCACUGCCUCAAUCUCGUCCGGCAGUAUACCUACCGCGACGCCUACGACUACAGCAACGUGACGGCCUUUCGGGCUCCCGAAGAAGUGGUCAGGGGACACAUUGAUCACUGCAUUGAGACGAUUCGCAAGGCGAUUAUGUGCACGGCGGAUGUGACGCCCGUGGUGUUUCUGAAAGACGAAAGCAGAAAGGGUGGGAGUAAGAGUGAUUUUGAUAUUAGAAAGAAGUGUAAGGAUUUUGAACGGAUAAAGGAGUGGGUGGGAGGACAUAUGGGGUUUGCGACGUGA